ACAACCAUAAACAUUCCAUCACAAAUAUGCAUCAAGCGUCGUUAUAUCACCGAGCAAAUAAUGCACAGCGUCAUGAUGCCAAACAAAUUUUGGAGGAAUAUGCCAACAUUAUACAGUGGCGGCCAGAGGGACGGGACACACUAAUCGAUAUUGGUUGCGGUUCCGGUGAUGUAUUAAUUGAUUUUGUAUACCCACUGAUGCCAGUUAAUUUCGAACAAUUACUGGGCACUGAUAUUUCAGCGAAAAUGAUAGCAUACGCUCGAAAGUGUUACGCGGACUUCGAACGAACCAAGUUCAAGAUACUCGAUAUUGGUUGUGAAAAGAUUCCAAGCGAAUUGAAUGGAUGCUUCGAUCACGUCACAUCUUUCUACUGUCUACACUGGGUGCAGAAUCAAAAACAAGCUUUACAAAAUAUUUUUAAACUGCUCCGGCCACAGAGUGGAGAUUGCUUACUUGUUUUUCUUGCUACAAAUCGCGUCUAUGAUGCUUAUAGACGCCUUUCCACAUUGAACAAAUGGAGCAGUUAUAUGCAAGACGUGGAGCAAUUCAUAUCACCUCUGCAUAACAGCAAAGAUCCUAGCAGUGACUUUAGUAAACUUUUACAGGAUGCUGGGUUUGCGGAUUACACUGUGGAGAUAAGAAAUGAAGUCUACGUAUAUGAGGGGGUGAAAAACGUAAAAGAUAAUGUGAAAGCGAUUUGUCCAUUUUUCGAACGAAUACCUGAGCAACAACAUGAGGACUUUCUAGAUGAUUUCGUGAGUACCGUAGUAAGCAUGAAAUUAUAUGAAUCAAACGGACAGGGUACGGACUAUAAGUUCAUUUCGCCAUAUAAAUUGGUGGUGGCGUACGCAAGGAAAUGCAGUGAUUUCGUAAGCAAUGUUAUCGGCGGUAAACAUGUGAUUAAAGGAUUAAAUUAGUUUUUAUUUUACUUUAACAUACUUUUGG